AUGGCGGAUUCUUUCUAUAUACCGAAAGAAAGAAAGCCGCCGGCGAAGCCUGACGGCGAAGACGCCCAUUUUUUCUUCCAAAAGGCGCAGGUCAUCGGCGUCGCUGACGGCGUCGGCGGCUGGGCGAAGAAAGGCGUCGACGCCGGCGAGUACGCGCGCGAGCUGAUGCGUAAUGCCGCCGACGCAGUCAAGGGCUGCUCCGUCCCCGCCGCCGUCAACCCAAAGUCGGUCCUCGCCAGCGCCUUCGCGAAGACGGAGUCGCCGGGCUCGUCCACCGCCUGCAUCAUCUCGCUCGCCGGCAGCCGCCUCCGCGCCGUCAGCAUCGGCGACAGCGGCUUCGCGGUGAUCCGGGGCGGGCGCACCGUGUACCGGUCGCCGGCGCAGCAGUCGCGGUUCAACGCGCCGUACCAGCUCGGGGGGACGAGCGGGGAGGGCCUCGAGUCGGCGGCGGAGAUGGAGGUGGAGGUGGAGAGCGGCGACGUCGUGAUCGCCGCCACCGACGGAUUUUUCGACAACGUGUUUCCCGAGGAGGCGGAGGGGAUGGUGGGGCGGUGCUUGUCGCAUGGGAUGACGUCGGCGAUGGUGGCGCGCGAGCUGGCGACGGCGGCGCACUCGAGAUCCCGGCAGAGCGACGCGGUCGUCCCGUUCGGGGUGGCGGCGCGUGAGGCCGGAAUGGAAUAUUCCGGCGGGAAAGCGGAUGAUAUUACCGUUGUUGUUGCUUAUGUUAUGCCCUAUGUGAAUUCUUGUUGUUUGCACUCUUUCACUGGUUAUUUGUGGAGUUUUUAG